GCAAGAGGGAGGAAAAAUACUGUCGUUGUAUUACGUGAUAACACACGUUUGGUAAAGGAAAAAGAUCACCAGGCAGUAAUCAGUGGCGGAUCUAGCGGAUUGCGUUCGAGUAUCCAGCAACCGUGCCAGGGCUACCUUCUCCCGAAACAGCGGGCAAGCAGUUUGUAGCCGGAUUGGACGACUGCGUGUAGCUCGUAGUUUCGGCUAAUCGCCAGUAUUUACUCUUACAGUCUCGAUACGAACCGUUGGUAGAAGUUCUCUCUUCUGUGGCACGAUCGACAACCUGCUAGCAACGUAUCCAAGACGUUCAUAACACAUCACAAUCAGCAUUAUUUAAAUUUUACCUUAACAAAACCGCAAAGGAUCAGGACUGGAUUGUAAACGAAACAUUGCCCUGAGUCUUGGCGUGUGUUGACCCAAAAAUUUGUAUCCUGUUUCAAUUCGGACACGGCCUUAAUAGCGAUAAACGCUACUGAAACAGUUUUGCUGAAAUAAUGUUUGCCAUCUAACGAUAAGCGAAAUAAAUCAUCGCAAUCGAAAAGCAAUUUCCUGGCCUGAACCUGAACCGACGGCGUUUGAGCUAGACGAGUAAAAACACGGCUGAGCGGAAGGAAAAGGUUCGGUAGGAAGGUUCGGGAUCGCGAUCACCGCCGAACAUCAGUAUAUGUCAUGAAUUCGGACGAAUAUGAGCAGUUACCGACGUCCAGUGUAGCGGCAAUCAUGACGGCCGGUGCGAUAGCCGGCAUCAUGGAACACUGCGUGAUGUACCCGCUGGACUCGGUCAAGACCCGCAUGCAAUCGCUCACACACAUGAAGGCGCACGACACGAUUAUGUCGACGCUGCGCGACAUGGUGCGCACCGAAGGGCUGAUGCGGCCGUUCCGGGGUGUGAUGGCCGUAGUGGCCGGUGCUGGACCAGCCCACGCACUCUACUUCGGUGCGUACGAGUGCUCGAAGGAGAUGAUCGCGACGGUUUCCGAUCGUGACCACGUGAACUACAUGCUGUCGGCAGCGGCGGCCACGCUUGUGCACGACGCCGUCUCAAACCCGGCCGACGUGGUGAAGCAGCGGCUACAGAUGUACAACUCACCGUACAGGUCGAUCAUGCACUGCGCCACGCAGGUGUACCGAACGGAGGGCUUCCGAGCGUUCUAUCGUUCGUACUCGACGCAGCUCGUCAUGAACAUACCCUACUCGGCGAUUCAGUUCCCGACGUACGAGUUCUUCCAGAAGCUGCUCAACAAAGACAAUAAAUACAACCCGCCAGUGCACAUGGUGGCGGGAGGGGCUGCCGGUGCGGCCGCGUCCGCCCUCACCACGCCGCUGGACGUGUGCAAGACGCUGCUGAACACGCAGGAAGAUGGAGCAGGUAAAACGCGAGGCCUCAUCGAGGCAGCCAAGAAGAUCUACCACACGGCCGGCCCGAUGGGCUUCUUCAAGGGGCUGCAGGCGCGCGUUCUCUACCAGAUGCCGGCCACCGCCAUCUGCUGGUCGACGUACGAGUUCUUCAAAUAUAUCCUGUCGCGUGUAAAGAAGCCUAUUGGAGCGACCGGCGCGCCCGGUGGCAGCCGCCCACUGUCCACGGUGGAGCCGGAUGAUAAGGGUAGCCCCAAUAUCACUGACCUGCGCUACAUGAUGAUCCCUGCCGCGGCCGAGGCGUCCCCGUCCGGAUGCAGUGGUGUUAGCAGCGCCAGCUUGCUGAUUCGAGACGGAACGACGGCCACAGGCGCAAACACUAGCGAUAAGGGAGGUAGCAGCGGCAGCAGUGCGGGAGGUUUAAUUCCCCGCGGUGGUCCGGAACUACCGGCCCUCUCCGGAGCCGGAAUUUACGGGGCGAUGAGCUAUAACACUAUGCACUCGAAUGAAACGAACCACCUAACCGACGUCCGAAGGACGAAUUAGAAUCGCUGCCCCGGGUCCGAAAUGUUAGUCGGCGGCAGCUGCGGAAAUGCACGGUGUUCCCCUGCCCUUCCCACUUGACUUGGUUCUGGAGCAGUGGAGCGGCUGAGCGGCUGUGUUGAUAAGUUAAUAAUCUCGUUGGUUUCGCUAGUUUUUAGAAAAAACUGCUAACCAACGGCUAGAAGCAGCAGCAGUCCGUGAGUGAGCGAAAAAUAGAGGGAGAGAGGGAGAGAUUAAGAGAGGACGAACGAUGUGGAGGGCGAUGCGUGAAAUGUGUAUGGGCGAGAGAUCGGAUUCGUGAAACCACCUUUCCCCCUGGGUGGCGAAGUCAGUAUGCAUGAACGCACCUUACAAAGUACAGCGUUUUGUUAAGUUUACAUUAUCCCUGGAGGAGUAGGCGAUGCGGGCAGGCAGAAUAACGCGAGCAAAAAACAAGUAGGAGUGAGUGAGACCGAAAGUGAUGAACACAGGAAGGGCUACUUUAGUAGGAUGAGUGAACAGUGAAUGUAACUGUUGGCCGUCUGUGAAUUUUGUAAAAAAAAGACAGGACUCCGUCGGUUAUAGUAUGGAUCGGAUAUGAGAUCUCGUUUAAAAAGAUUCAUGAAGAUGCUCUAUUAUCAUGGACCAAUGUCCAUCGAAGGCAUCGUUUUAGUGUACUUUGGUUUUGUAAAUUCCGCUUGGCUCUUCUAUUACUUCAUUUGAUAAAAAAUCCCUUCCCGUUAUAGUGAAACACUGGCCAGAACGACGCGUGAAGAGAAAAAUACGCAUAUAAAUGAAUGUAGCCAAUCGUUAGCACACAUUAUAUCCGUGAGGUGUUGUACAUAAUAUUGGGAACGAAGCAGCCUAUCAUUUGCGAAACAUCGAUUGGUGCGCUUCUACGAAGGAUGCCUUGAUGAGGCGAGCAAAUUAUUGAACAACAAAAAAACGCAUCUCUGGAGUACUCAACGAGGAAUGGUGGCCGUAUUAAAUUUUAAGCUGUAUUUUGUUUUAGAUAUUUUGUAUUUUUACUUAUACCAUUAUAUUUAUGUACAUUGGAAACAGCAGAUGCAGUUAAGGAUUUCGAGUAACUGAGAACUUUCCUUUUAAUUAUUUUGAUAUUAUUUUGCUUCACUCCGUGUCCUCUUUUCUUUCUCUAAUUGGUCUUUCAUUUCAAAUUUGCUCCGCUCCUUACAGGGUUCGUUGCACAUUAGCAGCUGCAAGGGUUACGAGAUUUUGUAUCGUUCGGCUGUUAGAUAAAAAUAACAAUUAAAUCAAAUUAAACCGGUAGGUGGAAUCCACCUACCCGUACCAAGCUACCAGCGCCUAGGACUUGGUCGGUAAAGUUUACUAGGGCUAGUCCAGGAAGCACUUUCUAAAAGUCAAGUCAAUUAAACAUUGAUUCAAAAUCCGCUAGUUAGUAACAGCAGUAGCAUCCGGAAGCAAAUGCGUCAUGCAUCGGGUGAACCGGGGGCUGAUUUGUUGUCUGGGCACGGGGCGCACAAUUGAUUCGCAAAUUAAAGCAAAGGUAUAAGGAAGUACAGAUAUUUAAAUAUCAUUUUCAGCCGCCUCUAUUAUUUCUUUCUGAAUCGCGUGAUAUCCUGUGUGCGUGCGUUGUAUGUGUUGAUAGUGUAGGUGCCACUUUUUCGUUUAGUUUUCAAAAACGUCGCAUGACACAGCAUUCACGAGCGGGAGAUACAUUUUGCAUUGGUAGUUCAACUCAAGGAGUCGAUGGCCAUAAGGAAUAUCGUUGAUAAAGUUCGCGUGUCGCGCAAGUUCGUGCAGAUGCAAAGCAAUCGGUACAAAAUGAAAUACAGCAUACACGAAACAAAUGACAUACGGACAACAGUCACAGUCACCAUUACACUCAGCCACAGAAAUUCGAAAGGAAUAAAAAAACCUAUUUCAACUCUUGUAUAUGCAUUGAAACAGUUGAA